UGGCACCAACCAGUAAACCUAGUGUUUAUAGAAAUUAACAAAACUACGUGAAAUGGUGUACAGGGUACCCCCAACUUACGUAUGUCCUCUACCUCCUCAUUACAAACCUUAACUUUUAAUCUCCCAACUAAAUCAGAGUGCCACACAGGUCAAAAUGCUUCAGAAGAAUGAGUCAGAGAGAGAGAGAGAGAGAGAGAGAGAGAGAGAGAGAGAGAGAGAUUGGCUAGAUAGCAGGAGAGUGAGCCAAUCAGCAGCUGAGCAACUCUCCACAGGUGGACUCCAAUCACCUCCAUUAUAACUUAGACCUGGCAGCACCUGCAAGACAAGGGGGAGGGGCAGAACAGGAGAAAGAACAGAACAGGAGAAAGGCUCUGCAGAUAUACUGGAAUCAACAACCAAUGGAAUGCACCGUCAUCUGUGCUUGCUGAUACUACACCAAAUCAGACCACAGGUGUGAUGCACACAUGCAAAGAUCAAAUGUCGGAGCCUCCUAAGUGCUGCAUCUGUCUGGAUGAGAUCACCAGCCCUGCUUCCCUCCCCUGUGGACACUGCUUCUGCCUGGGCUGCAUAGGCGAAUACUGGAGGAUCCAUGGGGCCUGUCAGUGCCCACUCUGCAAGGCCUUUUUCCCCACCAGGCCACAGCUCAAAACAGACCAAACGCUACAUGCUGGCGCCCCCACCGAGGAGGCAGCUGUGCCUUUAAAAGCCGGAGAGGUUCCCUGUGAUUUCUGCCCAGCGAUGCACAGAGCAGUCAAGUCCUGCCUGGUGUGCCUGGCCUCAUACUGUGCCACUCAUCUAGAGCCACAUUACCUGACGGAAGAUCUUGGGCGCCAUCUUCUGAUCGGUGUGGUGAAGAACCUGGAGGACUCUAUGUGUACACUGCAUGGGAAGCAGUUAAACAGGUUCUGUAGGAGUGAUCGAACGUGCAUCUGUGCCUUGUGUGCCCAGACAGAACACAGGGGCCAUCACAUUAUUUCUAUCAACAACGAAGCUACAAAGAAGAAGGGUAAGAUAAAAUGGAGAAUGAUGAAACUUCAGCACACCAUUCAAGAGAGACUAAGUAAAGUUGAGAAAAUGAAGCUCUCUGUAGACCGCAGUGGAGGAAAUCCAAAAGAGGCACGGGCGCAAAAUAAAGAGCUCAUCAGACAACUGGAGGGAGAAAUCUCGGAGCUGCAGAGCAGAAACAUCGAACUGGAGCAGCUCUCACGGAUCGAAGACGACCUCCACUUCCUGCAGGUCUGCAUCAUGGUCGAAAGUCAACAGGUCACAAAUCAUUCAAUGAAACCACAUAUUUUGUUUUAAUAAGCAAUAUUUGUGACAUUAAAAAAACGCACAACUACUGAUCCUUUAAUGCACUCUAUCUAGUUUCUACACACUGCUUAAUGUUAAGUAUUGGACAAACAUGCUGACAAUUCGCCUUCAAGAGCGAAGUGAAGAGAAGUUUCUUCAGCAGAAUAUGUGGUUGGACGGUUUGUUUGCUACAAAGGUAUAAUUUUCCAUUUUGGAACAUAUUCAUUUUCUGGUGGAGGGUUAAAUGAGAAGAUCAAUACCACUCCCAGUGAGGUAUGACAGUGUGUUCUUCUCAUCUAACUCUCUGCCAGAGAGCAAAUAAGUGUGUUUCCCAAUAUCAAAAGUCCAACUUUUGCUUUAACAGACUAAUUUGAACGCAUUCCUUGUUGAGCUGUUUAGCAUAUUUUUUUUUAAUUUUAAGCAAUUAUUCUAUGCAAAUAAAAUAAUGAUGAUUUAUACAGAUUUAAUGAAUCCUCAAAAACUACAAUAAUUGCUUGAAUCAAGUUAUACAAAAAUAAAAAUCAACUUGAUCCAGGUUAUGGUGAAUAGCUCAUUAAGAAUAUAUUGUAUGGAUGUAACUUAUGCCUGAGUGGCUGAUGUGAUUUAUUUUUAGAAUAAUGUGAGCUUACAAGUAUUUCAGUGUUUAAAUGUUUUAAGGUUUUUGUAUUCUCUUUUCUUUGGACAAACAAAUAAAACACAGUUUUUAUGCUUUUA